AUGGGAUGUCUAUGGGCCCGGCACUUUCCCCAUACCCUAGCCUUGAGUGGUGCCCUAAACUCGGAGCUAUGGAUGGAAGAGCUUGUGGAGUCUCCGUUAUUCUUCCUCUCAGCUAAGGUAGAGAAAACUUCGCCAUUCGCAUGCUCUGAUCUAAUUAACGUAGCUGCCGCUCCAGGCGCUUGGCCUGUUCUUGUCGUCGAGUUUGUGGAUCACAUGUACAGAAGCUCGUCAUGCUCUUGCAUUGCGGAAGCCUGCGUUUGCGAUCCGAGUGCAGUGCUGAGCUCUUCGGAAGUUUUGGAUGCUACCUCUCAAUUGAACCGAGCGAAUACACUACCAGGUAUGGCUGCUACCGCCGGUAGUAAGAGGCGGAGGAAAGACGAACGACGAGGUGUUUUUGUCGCGGCAUUUGAAGCGUCUACUGCUGGAGAAACUUCUGCUCAUGUCCUCCGGUGGAUUUUGACAGAUGAAAGCUUUGUAGUAGAGAAAUUCUUUUCAAUGUAUAGUGGUGCCCAAGCGAGCGAUGAUUCUUUUUCCGCAUAG